GACUGCCGUCCUGCUCUGCUUGGCUUGCAGUCUUCACAGCACCUCUUGUUUUUGUGUGUGUGAGCCACCACUUGAACACUUUACACGACUGGAGAAAUUUACGGAGAAAUUAGCUUGUCGGCUUUGUGGGAAGACCGAAGGACAAGUUAUGGACGAAUGAAAGGACACUGUUUUUAGAGGAAGAAGACAGACUGCCUGGCUGUCUUCACUUCCAACCAGCGUUAAAGCUACUUUGAUGCAACCGCGUAGCUAACAAGCUAACUAGGAAUGUUUUAAGAAACUAGCCAGUCUGUUAGCUUGAUAGCUAGCUUAAUCGGAUGACGAAAUUCUCUGUAUAUAUUUAGCAAACCGUUACAAUGAUACUUUUAUCUUUCGGUACAUUAAAUGGGAGAACUGUGGCGACGUCUCAAACUGGGUAUGUUGAAUGUUCAGGGCUCCAGUGCCCGCUUUGUUGCUAAUUUCCAGUAGGGACAAUAGUUAACUGCCCAGGCAACAAGUCUGCUGCUUUAACGUUAACGUGACCCAAGUUUGUACUCAUUUUGUGCCGUGUUGUUAUUGGUUACUAUUUAGUAACUCUAGUUAGCUAAACAUGAACACUGUUAAAAAUGUUUUAAGCAAAGUAUAGGCAAUGUUGUACAAAGUUAAGUGGUUGCCACUUUAACGUUAAAACCCCAUUUUUAAGGUGAUCGGGUCACUCUGUUGUAGAGGAGAAACUGAUGUCAGUUAGUCAAUUCAACUAUUAACGAGGAGGCGAGGUGGAUGAACAUUAUAAAUCGCCCACAUGCUUUGGAUCAGUUCCCGGACUUGUGAAAGGCAUCUGAAGCAGAAGGUGGAAGACGUGAGUGCUCAACACUUGCAGCCCGGGGGAAGAUGGCGGAGCGUUCCCGCAGGAGGUGGUGAAACCAAAACUUGGGGACUUCUUGGAUUUAUCGCCCGAAAUCUUAUCCCAGAUCGUAGGACACAUGCAGGCCAAAAAACGGUACUUAACCCUGUUCUCCGCCGGUGUGUGUCUCAUUCUGUUGUUUUGUUUUGGGGGGAUACAAGUCCCUCUAUCCAGAAGGGGUCUCAGCCGGCGUGAUGACCGCAGCCCCACCAAUUAUCAUCCCGGGACGCGGUGGCGUCGUGUCCCGGGGACACUGCAGUCCGUCAGCUCCUGGGACCAAGACGGGAGCGAUAAUGACGGUGAACACAUAUCUCCUGCACAGAAGAGGGACACUAACUCAGGCGUUUACAUUGGGAAACGCUGCAGAAUGGAGUCCUGCUUUGAUUUCUCUCUGUGUGAGAGGAAUGGAUUUAAAGUUUAUGUCUACCCCCAGCAGAAAGGGGAGAAGAUGUCAGAAAGUUAUCAAAACAUACUAUCCUCUAUUGAAGGAUCCAUGUUCUAUACACCAGACCCAGCACAGGCAUGUUUGUUCGUCCUAAGUUUGGACACUCUGGACCGGGACCAGCUUUCACCUCAGUAUGUUCACAACUUGAGAGUAAAAGUCCAGAACCUUCAUCUGUGGAAUGGGGGCAAAAACCACAUCAUCUUCAACUUAUACUCUGGCACCUGGCCGGACUACACAGAAGACUUGGGCUUUGACAUUGGUCUUGCCAUGUUGGCCAAGGCCAGCAUCAGCACAGAGAACUUUAGGCCCAACUUUGAUGUUUCUAUCCCUCUCUUCUCUAAAGACCACCCUAGGACAGGAGGGGAAAAGGGCUACCUGAAACAUAACACCAUUCCCCCUUUUAGGAAGUACAUGCUUGUUUUUAAGGGCAAGAGGUAUCUAACGGGAAUAGGUUCAGACACUAGGAACGCUUUAUAUCAUGUUCAUAACUCUGAGGAUGUGGUCCUCCUCACCACCUGUAAGCAUGGGAAGGACUGGCAGAAGCACAAAGAUGCACGCUGUGAUAAAGACAAUGCAGAGUAUGACAAGUAUGACUACAGAGAGAUGCUUUACAACUCCACGUUCUGUCUCGUACCUCGAGGACGACGGCUGGGUUCUUUUCGCUUCUUGGAGGCUUUGCAGGCAGCUUGUGUGCCAGUGAUGUUAAGUAACGGUUGGGAGCUACCCUUCUCAGAGAUCAUCGACUGGAAUACGGCAGCUGUGAUUGGGGAUGAAAGGCUGCUAUUACAGAUCCCCUCUACAGUGCGCUCCAUUCACCAGGAUAAGAUCCUGUCCCUUAGACACCAGACCCAGUUCCUAUGGGAGGCUUAUUUCAACUCUGUGGAGAAGAUAGUGCUGACUACACUGGAGAUCAUCCAGGACCGGGUCCUGCAGCACACCUCCAGGAGUUACGUCAUGUGGAACAGUCUGCCUGGAGGCCUUUUCACCCUGCCUCAGUACUCGACAUACCUUGGAGACUUCCCCUUCUACUACGCUAAGCUGGGUGUUAAGCCAUACACCAAGUUCACAGCGAUCGUUCACGUGGUGAGCCCACUGGUCUCCCAGUCCCAGCCAGUCAUGAAGCUGCUUGUGGCUGUGGCCAAAUCCCAGUACUGUGCUCAGGUGAUAGUUCUGUGGAACUGUGACAAGCCUCUUCCUGCCAAGCACCGCUGGCCUGUCACCUCAGUCCCUGUCAUUGUUAUAGAAGGCGAAAGCAAGGUGAUAAGCAGUCGUUUUCUGCCCUACGACACCAUCCCCACUGAUGCUGUUCUCAGUCUGGAUGAGGACACCGUGCUCUCAACUACAGAGGUGGACUUUGCCUUCACAGUGUGGCAGAGUUUCCCAGACCGCAUCGUUGGUUACCCAGCCCGCAGCCACUUCUGGGACAGCAACAAGGAGCGGUGGGGCUACACUUCCAAAUGGACCAACGACUACAGCAUGGUGCUGACUGGAGCUGCCAUCUAUCACAAAUACUACCACUAUUUGUACACCACCUACCUUCCAGCCAGUCUGAAGACCAUGGUUGACCAGAUGUCAAACUGCGAGGACAUUCUGAUGAAUUUUCUGGUGUCCUCUGUGUCUAAACUACCACCCAUCAAGGUCACCCAGAAGAAACAAUACAAAGAGACCAUGAUGGGACAGAGCUCCCGGGCGUCUCGCUGGGCUGACCCGGACCAUUUCGCCCAGCGUCAGACCUGCAUGAACAAGUUUGCCAGCUGGUUUGGCACCAUGCCCCUGGUCCAUUCUCAGAUGAGGCUGGACCCAGUCCUGUUCAAAGACCAGGUGUCCAUACUGAGGAAGAAGUACAGGGACAUCGAGAGGCUAUAACCCUCCAAAGCCCCCCCGCUCUCUGGACGCAACAAAGAUGGAGCGAGGGGGCUGACACGUUGACAAACGCAGAGCCUUUCCACGAUCGCAUGGCUGGAUCAGUGGAGAACCAAAUGGGAUCGGGUACAGGGGGAGAGGAGAAAAAUAAACUUGAACAGAUGUGGAGGACACAACAUUCAUUGUGUCCAUUUCUCCUUUCUACCCUUUCACUUUUGUGUAUUGGGGAUAGCUGAGCUUCGCACACAGGUCCCACUAUGUACACCAAGACUUCAACCAGCUGAAGGACACCUUCGGACUUUAAAACUUUGAACUGAAGUGGACAAAGUCAUGGAGUUGGAAAACUUGCUGCUUACAUGUCUCAACAGUGGCAAACCUCUCCAAACUCCAACCCGCUGACUAAGACUGUCUGCUCUGUACACUCUGCACAGGUUUCUGAAAGUUUUGGAUGACAGAAUAUUAUUGAUAAUUAUGAUUAUGAAGAGGAUAACACUAUUUUGGAUUGUGUUUAGCUAUUUUUUUUAUACAGUGAAUGAAUGGCCAGCACUACUCUCUCUUUGUAUUGUCUUAAUGAAAACCAAUAGCAGGGUGGGUGAAGAGAGGAAUGACAAGCCCUCGACCACAGAACUGAGUUAUGAUCGUUGAUCUGAUAUUCACAGUGCCUCAAGUUUAUCUAAUGGCGUUGGGAUCUGGGAGUCUGAGAUAAAGACAUGGUGCAGAAUGAGCACCUUGAUCUUGCUGCUUUCU